AUGGGAGGAUUGGAGAUCGGAGGCGAGCUGAGAGACUACAAGAGCAGUAAAGUGAACAGAGAUGCCCUCUCUCUCAACAAGAUGAGGAAACAUUUCGAGGAGGAACCAAACACAACAAAUCCAGAAACAGUUGAUUCUCCUGCUCAAGGAAAUUUACACAUUCAACCACAGGUUCGUCCAUCCACCAGUGCUUCAAUGGAAAAAGGAAUGAGAAAGUUGAAUCUUCAGGGUGAGUCCAGCAAUUGGCAAUCACCAACUAGAAGACAACGAUGUGAACCUGUGUCAUACUCAGAAGAAACUAUACUGUCUAAAGUGAAAGAAAUCAUGGAUGAUGUCCAAGACAAACUACCACACCAAGACAACAAGCUCCAUCAGUUCCUCAAGAAGAAAAUUAAGGAUUUGGAGAUCGACAAGAGGGAGCUGGUCGGUGUCUUUGGUAAAACCGGGGCUGGAAAGAGCUCUCUGAUAAAUGCUGUCAUUGGAGAGAAGAAUCUCUUGCCUUCUGGGAGUGUCAGUGCAUGUACCUCAUUCAUGAUUAAAGUGGAGGCUAACAUGCAGAAACAAUAUGAGGCAGAAAUUGAGUUCAUCACAAAAGAGGAGUGGAAAGAUGAGUUGUGGUCCUUGUUAAAUUUCCUUGGGGAUGAUGCAGAUCAGGAAGAUGACGAGGAUCAGGACACUGUUGACAAGCUGUCAGCGCUGUAUGGAGAAGAAUGGACAGACAAAUCCCCUGAAAACCUCAUGGAGAACAAGUAUUUCAAAGAAGUUCCAGAAUUUCUCCAAUCCAAGAGAAAGCUUUUGACAUGUAAAUCAGUGAAAGAAACUAUACUGUCUAAAGUGAAAGAAAUCAUGGAUGAUGUCCAAGACAAACUACCACACCAAGACAACAAGCUCCAUCAGUUCCUCAAGAAGAAAAUUAAGGAUUUGGAGAUCGACAAGAGGGAGCUGGUCGGUGUCUUUGGUAAAACCGGGGCUGGAAAGAGCUCUCUGAUAAAUGCUGUCAUUGGAGAGAAGAAUCUCUUGCCUUCUGGGAGUGAGUGGAAAGAUGAGUUGUGGUCCUUGUUAAAUUUCCUUGGGGAUGAUGCAGAUCAGGAAGAUGACGAGGAUCAGGACACUGUUGACAAGCUGUCAGCGCUGUAUGGAGAAGAAUGGACAGACAAAUCCCCUGAAAACCUCAUGGAGAACAAAGUCAAAGUUGCCGUUCACCACACCAUCGUACGCAUUUGCUCACCGAGCGCUCAACCAACGGCAUGUCCCGGCCAACCCCGACCGCCGAGAAUGCUCCUGGGAGCUAGCCGAGUGCCGGCCGAGAGUGCUGCGCUACACUCACGCCGGAGGCUGAACGCCUAUCACGCUUGUAAACAACACAUUAUGAGCCACCUACGGCACGUCGGGAUAGCGUGNUGGCCCCUGGUGAAGUGUGUGACUGUGAGGGUGCCUAACAAUGAUCUUCUCCAGCAUGUCACACUUGUGGAUCUUCCUGGAAAUGGGGACCGUAACAAGAGCAGAGACAAGAUGUGGAAAGGGGUUGUUGGAAGUUGCUCUACUGUGUGGAUUGUGACUGAAAUUAAUCGAGCAGCAGCAGAGCGUGAAGCCUGGGACAUCCUGAAAAGUACCUGUAGCCUCAUUGGAAAUGGUGGCGAGUGUCAGCGCAUCCACUUUAUCUGCACCAAGUCUGAUGUUACUGGAGUUUGUGAUGAUGAUUCAGCAGAUGCUGUUCGUGCUCGCAUACUUCAAGACAACAAGAAAGCCAAGGACACAGUGAACAAAGAGUUCAGAAAACUCAAGGAGGUUAAGAAACAUUUCAGUGAUGAAUGUUUCAAAGUCUUCACAGUGAGCUCACAAGAGUUUCUUCAGCAACAACAUCUAACGCCAGAGGAAACUGAAAUACCCAAACUUCAGGAAUUUCUGCAAGAGCUCAAUGACUGUCACUCAGAGACAUUAAACUAUGUGUCAGGAGCUCAUGGGAUCCUCUCUCUGAUUCAAGGGGCCAGAAGUAGAGCAGGGGCUGACAGAAACACAGAUGUGUGCAGAGAGCUGGAAGAAAAGAUGGAGCAGGAAUUUGAAAAAGUCAGACAGCCCAUGCAGAAGACUUAUGACACCUUUGAAAGAUGCCUCACUGAGGGGGUUGCAAAAUCCAAAAGUUCCUGGGAAAGGCUCUUGAAGUCGGUCCUAAAGCCUAAAAUGAAGGGGAGCGCUUUUCACAGGAUACUGAGGUGUGUAGUUCAGAAUGGCGGCACUCACCAAAGAAAGAAAAAACCCCCAAUAAACCUCAAUAUGAAGUUAACUUCAUGCCUGACUGACAGCAUUGAUGAGGAAUUCAAGAAGACCUUCCCAAAUGAAGCAAAACGUGGACCAUUCAACGGGAUCAUCAACACGUUUUCACUUGAAACAGAGAGGCUGAUGAGAGAGAGGCAAGAGUACAAAGAUGUCGAACUGCAACUGAUAUUUCUCAAGACAGAGGAAGAAAAAAUGAAGACAAAACUCAACAAAACCAUCCAGGAGCAAAAGAAAAUGAUCUACAAGAGUCUGAUGGAGACAAUCGAGGACAACAUGCAAGAAUGCUAUGAAAAAGCAGCAGAAAUUAGAGGAGGAGGCUCGCUGAAAAACAUGAGGAGCACUAUUGAGAACCAUGUACGAGAUUCAAAGGACAUCAUAUUUCAGAGGGCGAAAAACGUUAUGUUGGAGCAGCUGGAAAACUUGAUGGUGCUGAUCCUGAGGGAAGUGGAGAACACAAUGCAGGAAUCAAUCGAGCUGUCACUGAAUACAGAUGGUGACUCAGUCCCAGAUGUUUCAGAUGAGCUCCAGAUGGUGAAGAAGUACUGUGAUGAACUGAAGGAAAACUCAAUUGAAGCACCACCAUAUAUGAGUGCUGAUCCACCUGUCCCAGCAACCCAUUCAUGACGUGUGCAUAGGUUUGCUCAGUGGAGAGAAUCAGCAGAUGCCUGAUCACCCACUGAAGGUCCCUGUGGGCACACUGAUCCCUCAGAGACAUGACACCUCUGGAUUUGAUCUCAACCAUUUUUGUCAAGUUAUCGUAUCCCUGUUCUUUUUGAGUUUUUAAUGUACUUUGAGUUUGCUUGUUGUUGUGUAUUACAUGCAGAGAGACAUUUUUGCUUUCAAGUGAUUAUACAUCAGAGGCAGAUAGAAAAUGUGGGGAGAAGGGUGGAGGGAGCUGGAUUCAAACUAGAGAUGUAAGCCCCGUUUCCACCGAGUAGUAUGGUACAGUUCAGUUUGUACCAUGUCUGAAGGGUUACUUUGGUUCCAAAGAUACUAUAUUGAAAGUGUUUGGUGGAAACGGGGCUAUAGUGGUUUUUAUGGUGCGGGUCUAACCCACCAGUGUACUAUGAUCUCCCAGAGACUUUUUGUUUUUCACAAUUAAACAUGUUUUGCAUAAAUGUGUGUGAUACUGUCCAAUACACCUCAAUAAAGUUCCCUUUUGUGAAUGCCA